AUGCGCCUCUACCUCCUGCCGCUCACCACGAGCCGAACACUGCUCUACUGCCAGCGCCUCAAUAUCACGACAACGAAUAAGCAAGGCUUGGCAGAUAAGGUCUCGAAAAGGGCUUCCAAGCUAUGGGCAAGCUGGGAGGCAAGGGAAAGCGGAUGGCAGAAGAAGGUCGUCAACUACGGCAAUUACGCUCUUAGGCGCAUCCCUUAUGAAGAAUGGGGGCUGAAAUCGAUCCCGCCGAUUUCCGCACGCCGCAAGGACGAGGAGCUUAAGGGCAAGGAAAAGAUUGAGCUGGUAUACCCUGAUAACAUUAUCCCAACCACCAAGGCCGAGCAGGUCGUCAGGACGUUGGCGACAGAGCGAGAUGCAUUGCACAAGAAGAAAUUCAUGUGGUGUCUGAUAGGCAUGCCUAUCUCAGCACCAUUUGCACUGGUACCAGUGAUACCUAACCUUCCCUUUUUCUACCUUGUGUACAGAGCAUGGUCGCAUUGGCGCGCCCUUGAAGGAGGCAAGCAUCUCCGGUUCCUUUUGGACAACAAACUCCUAGCUUUGUCCCCGUCAAAACUGCUAAACGACAUCUAUACUCCGCUAAUUCCCGACAACAUGGUCCCAACGCCGUCGAAGCCAGCCACAGGCGAAGCCGAGCCCCUGAAAGGCAAGUCAGACGUGGUCAAAGACGAAGAAAUCCUGCUUUCGCAGGCAAAUGGCCAGAGAAUAGCCAAAGCGCUCGAAGUACCCGAAUUGGGUGUCGAGAUCGAGCGGGCCAUCUGGCAAGUCAAUCAUGCCAAGAAGGCCAAACAAGAGGAAGCCGCAAAGCACACUGACGCCGAUGCUCCCAAAGACAAAGAAAAGCCCACCAACGCGGUUGAAAAAGAGAAGAAGUAG